UAAACAAAUGAACGGAAAGAGUUCAAAUUUCGACACUGCAUCACUCUUUCAUAGCGGAUUUGAGGAAAGUAACUCAUACCUGGAAAUCGUAAAAAAAAAGUGUGGUUUUUCUUGAAGUAUUGUAACCCACGGUUAGGGAUAUGGAGGGAUAAACUCCAUACUUCACCGUUUAAAAUUUUCGGCUGUUGAUUUUGAUUGCAAUCACUUGUCAAACGUAUUUAUUUAUAGCGAGAAGAAUAUUUUACAAGAGAUCAAGGUAUGGUGAAGUUUCAGAAAUAGCUCAAGUCUAACAUCUGAGCAUUUCUCUUUCUACGAAAUGGAGCCCAUGACCCUUGGAUCUCCUGUUGGAAGUCCAGUCCAAACACCAGGAAGUCCAGGACCAAACUCCACAUAUCUACCUAAUUUCCUAUUGGGAGAUGCUAAUCCUACCGCUAGAUUAAAUAUAAUGAGUCCCCAAGGUACCCCAAGAAAUACACAAUUCGGAUCUAUUACCAGUGGAGGCUUAUCAUCACCUAGUUCGAACUACUGCACUCCAGACUACCGUACGAAUCGCCAAAAAGCCAUGUUUGGUAACGUAACGAGCCCCAGUGGUCCACAAAUCAGCUCACAGGGGCAAUCUGGUGGUCCUCCAACUAGAGGACUUUUUGAUACACUUGAAACUUCGCAGUCAAUGGUGCCGCAGAGUCCCAGUGUGGGUCAGAAUGUUACUAGUAAUCAGUCGAGAGUGUUGACGGGAUCAAAUUUGAACAACACUUUGUUCUUGGAUAGUCCUGCAAACCUUUCUCUUAACGAACCGUUGCAAGGACUUCAGCAAUGGGUCACAGUCUUUGGUUUUCCUCCAAAUGCUAUAAACGCCGUAUUAUCUCAUAUAUCCAGCAGAGUCCGUGUAGUUGAGAAACGUGGCGCUCCUCACGCUCAGGGUAAUUGGAUCCAUCUAAAAUGUGCGUCAGAGCAAGAUGCACACAGAGCUUUGGCGUGCAAUGGCAACAUUGUUUCAGGCUCUACAAUGAUAGGCGUUGUUCCUUGCACAGAUGAGGGAGUAGUUUUGGGAUCAGAAAAAGAUAACCUUUCCAAAUUGAGUAGUGGCACCAGGUGCUUUUCUACAUCAGAUAGAAUAAAUUUUUCAUCUCCUGAUUAUGCGAGUAGUUUACCACCUACUUCGCCAAGAAUACAGAAUGCCCGUCCUUUAGCGGUAGGCUAUAACCAACAUUUGAGCCCCCAAGCAGUUGUAAUGCCUCAAAACGUGCCACAGAAGUCGACAGGGUUCUUCUCAAAAAUUUAUGAAUACAUUUGGUAGCUCGAUGCAAUUCCACCAUACUGCGUUUAUCUCGCAACUCCAUUCGGUUUUUACUCUUCAAUCUGACGAAUUUUAGUAUAAUUUUGUACGGUUGUUUUUUUGUUCGCAUCAAGUGAUAAAUAUUAAUUUUUGUAAUUGAGGGUGCAGUAAAGUCGACUCGUUGUAUUCAAUUAACCAUCUUAUACCAUCAUUGUCACGCUACAUCGAUAUGGGAUCGAUUCGUAUGUUUGAAUGUCCAACAAUUAACAGUAAAUAACAAAUGCCAAUGUCACUUUUAGAAUAUAAGUAUGUAAUUUGCAAAGAUAUAUUUUCUAACAUUCAUGACGUACUCUAUUGUGUAAAGAAUUGGACAUGAAUUUUUCCGUACUAACUUGAUGUCAUUUAAAGUUACGGUACACUGCUAAUUUUUUUUAACUUUUACCUGUAGGCAAACAUCAUGUAAUUGUGUAUAAAAUAAAGAAAACAGAUUUUUUUAUUCUGUAUAUCAUUAUCCAAGUCAGUCAAGGAGCGUGUAUUAAUAACUCUUCAGAUUUGUCAUAACGUGAUGGGCAGUGCAAUUCAAAAUUUUAUUAACAUUUUUCUGAUCCAAACACACACAGGAUCUGGGUGUUUAAGAAUGUAGUAAAAUACCGUGGUGGGGUUUAAAACUUGUAAAUAUAUUUUGCACGAAUAAAAAGUUGAGUUGAAUACAAGAUAAA